AUGUCAGCCAGAGAAGGCCAUCUUCAUCCGCCGCCACAUAACAGCGCGACGAUGUCAUGUUCCCACAACCAGGCUGGAAACUCUUUCUUUGUGGACUCCUUAAUCAACGUGAGAACCGACGGCGCUCCUUAUUACCAAAGCAGCGGGCUUUAUUUGCCAGCAGCCUCGGAAUAUUCAUAUGGCUCCUGUUUCCCAGCCGUCGGGAAGCGCAGCGAGCCAACGACCCAAAGUAUGAUCCCGUCCUCGGUUCCGUAUGUUCAGGGGAUGGAACCGUGGCUGGAAACGUCCAGGUCCUGCCGGGUGGAUCAGCCCUGCAGCGGCCAGCACUUGGCUCAGUGUUCCUUCUCGCCGAGCAUAAAGGAGGAGAGCGCCUGCUGCCUUUAUGAGUCAGAAAAAAUGCCUAAAGGAGCGACAGCUGAAGACACAUCCUACUCCACCACCUCCUGCCCCGGUAGCACCGUCCCAGUCCCGGGCUACUUCCGUCUGUCUCAGACAUAUGCGUCCUCCAGGCUCUACCACGAUGUUCAGCCCGACAUGAAUCACUUCAGUCUGCAGCGAGCCAGCCGCUUUGAAGGCCAGCCCCCCCAGCCGCAGUCCAUCUCUGCUGAGCCGGAUCGCGGGGAGGUUAACGAGGAGGCGCCUGUUCCUGCACCGUGCGCCCCGAGCAGGGAGGAGGAGGACAGCCGCCUCUCCUCGGAGAGCUCAUCUUCCACGGAUCCCGCCGAUGCGUGCAGCGCAGAGUGUCGAGACAAGUCCGUAAAAGGAGAUGGGAAGACAGAAAGCACGGCCAACUGGCUGACAGCAAAGAGCGGCAGGAAGAAGCGCUGCCCUUACACCAAGCACCAGACUCUGGAGCUGGAGAAAGAGUUUCUCUUCAACAUGUACUUGACUCGGGAGCGUCGCCUCGAGAUCAGCCGCAGCGUGCACCUCACCGACAGGCAAGUUAAAAUCUGGUUCCAGAACCGGAGGAUGAAACUGAAAAAGAUGAGCCGCGAGAACAGGAUCCGGGAGCUUUCCAGCAACUUUGGGUUUUCGUGA